UCAAUUUGAUGUGAUCAUACUGAUGGUUGUUGUGCUCGCCGUGAUCACUCAGCAACCAGUUCAAAAUGGUGCACCAUUUGCUGGUGCUUGUGGCUAAUGUGCUCAUACCGAUCGCUGUCUUAGUCUUCUCUCUCGGUUUUUUCCCAUAUAAACCUCUUAUUUCUGGCCUGGCUACUUUUGAUUCCUUUGAGGAUCGCCCGCCAAGGGUGUUUGAUAAAGUAAUCUUUAUGGUGGUUGAUGCUCUAAGAAGUGACUUCGUUUAUUCCAACAACUCCGGGUUUCUCUUCACACAGAGUCCUACUGACUUCAGAAGCCUCAUCCGAUCCGGUGCUGCAAUUCCCUUUACCGCUUAUGCAGGUUCCCCGACAGUUACAAUGCCUCGAUUGAAGGCUAUGACCACAGGAUCUGUGCCGUCUUUUCUCGAUGUUAUUCUCAACAUAGCUGAGUCUGACACAUCGUCAACCCUUGCAUACCAAGAUACGUGGCUGGCCCAAAUAAGAGCGAAGGGCGAGCAACUUGUAAUGUAUGGGGAUGAUACCUGGCUGAAACUGUUUCCUGGGAUGUUUAGCAGAUCGGAUGGGACAACCAGCUUCUUCGUCUCAGACUUCACCGAAGUCGACACAAAUGUAACUCGGCAUAUUCAUGAUGAGCUUGUUACAGGUGAUUGGUCAGGUAUGAUAAUGCACUACCUAGGCCUGGACCAUAUCGGGCACAAAGCUGGGCCGCAAAGUUCAUAUAUGGUACCUAAACAACAUGAGAUGGAUUCGAUAGUCGCGCAAGUGUACAGAGCCAUGGAGCAGGAGGCUCACCUACAGUCAACCCUCUUCAUUCUAUGUGGUGAUCAUGGAAUGAACGAUGCUGGGAAUCAUGGGGGUUCUUCGGCAGGCGAAACUUCACCUGCCCUAACUUUUAUAUCUCCGAAGCUUCAAAGCUUGGGCGCUGGCAGGGAAAGUCCCGUGAAUGCGACGCAUGAACUACAGUACUAUAGUGUCGUGGAUCAAACCGACAUUACGCCGACUCUGGCUGGUCUUCUUGGACUACCUAUCCCUCUGAACAGCCUAGGUGUAUUCAUCCCCGAAUUUCUAAAUAUGUGGCAUCUUGGUUCACAGAGAAUACGACUGCUCGCCGGGAAUGCUAAGCAGUUGUUGAAUGCACUCAAAGAAACAUAUCCGAACCACAAUUUUGGAGAUGAUACGUUGCCUGCUAGUUGUUAUGAUGAUUCACCGCGUGGCCCUGAUGGAGCUCUCUGUGCCUGGGCCCAGGCACAAGAAUUGCUCCAUCAAUAUGGAGCAGAUGCGGCGGAUGACAUCUAUGUCCAGACUGAGAUAGAAUCCGCCCUAUUACGCUUUCUCAGAUCUUCCCAAGAAGUCAUGAGCAGCGCUGCUAGCAAUUAUGAUCUCAGGUACCUCUUGUUAGGUAUAUGUAUCGCUGGCCUCGCAGUCUUAUUUUCUAUACCUGCAACAUAUAAGGCGCUCUCAAAUCACACUCUUCCAAGGCUGUUCCUGACAACAGGUGUUCUGCUAUACGGUGCAAUGAUGUUUGCAAGCAGUUAUGUGGAAGAGGAACAGCAAUUCUGGUACUGGGUAUUUACAGGAUGGACUUUCUACCUACACGUCAGGUCCAUUCGACUCCAAAAAGCGCCUCAAGGUGCGACAUAUCUUCUCCCUGCCGCCAUCCUAGCAAUCUCGCACCGGUUCAUGAGACGUUGGAAUCAGACAGGUCAAAAAUUCGCUGCUGAACCUGAUAUUGCUAGGAUAUACCUUCCGAGUCACCGGAUUAACCUUUGGCUUUUGAUUGUUGUGACUUAUGCUGACGUUUGUCUACAUUUAAUGGAUAACCUUUCAUCCUUAAUAUGGCGUCUGCUCUGCCUCGCAGUGACGGCUAUGUGCUUUACUUUCAAGUUGGUUUUUGCGGCAUCUGAAUCGCCAGAACUUCUCAAUGAGACUACUAUCCAAACUGUUGCAACAUUUAUGGAUGGUAUCACACUUGUCCUAUAUGCGCGGGUUGCCAUGGGCGGAAUUGCUGUGCUCUUUAUGUUGAUAUUUAUGAGAAACGGCAAACUGCCUAUAAAACAAGGAUUAUUUCAUGAAGCUCUAACGCUCUUCCUUCUAACCCAGUCGAGAGUAACAAAUGUGCCUAUUUUUCUCUUCUUCAGACUGCAGCUCAAAGCUUUGACAUGGAUGAACUUGAAUUCUGCUGAGGUUACUCUCACAUCUUUGCUGAUGCAAUACAUAGCUUUUUUUGCAUUUGGUGGAUCGAACGCUAUAUCUUCCAUCGAUCUAUCUAACGCGUAUAACGGCGUCAGCGUUUAUAACGUCAUUUUAGUUGGCAUCCUGACAUAUGUGGGCAAUUGGGCCGGCCCGAUUUGGUGGAUAUCUGCCACUAAGCUUUUGAGAAGAGGGGAAUCUCAUGACGAAAGCCGGACUCACACUGCACUUUUAACUUUCCAUGCGGCCUCUAUCUUGACCUCUGUUAUGGCCGCAUGUACGGCAUUGAGGACUCAUCUUUUCAUUUGGACUGUAUUUUCGCCCAAAUACUUGUACACAAUGUCUUGGGUUAUUAUCCAUCACUGGGUGAACCUGCUGCUCCCAACGGUAGGUAGGCAGUGA